CUGAAACAUCUGUUUGGAAAUUCACUGAACGCCAUUGGGGAAAUUUAUAAAUUGUUUAUAAAUUUUCAUUUAGAAAUUUGCGUUUUUGGCUUUGUAACGUGAAUGAUUCGAAGAUGUGGCAUGAAGCAAGAAAACAAGAGAAGAAGAUUAGAGGAAUGAUGGUGGACUACAAAAGAAGGGCAGAAAGGAGGCGAGAAUAUUAUGAAAAAAUAAAACAAGACCCUGCACAGUUUCUUCAAGUUCAUGGUCGACCAGCUAAAAUUCAUCUUGAUCCAGCAGUUGCAAUUGCUGCUGAUAGCCCAGCUACCAUGAUGCCUUGGCAAGGACAUGCGGAUAAUUUAAUUGAUAGGUUUGAUGUUCGUGCUCAUUUAGAUAUUAUUCCUGAGUACAAACCUGUGGAGUCGAUUAAGGUGCUUAAUGAAGAUGAUGAUAGAAAAACUUCAUAUGAAAGUUAUCGAACUUUAGUGCAGAAUGACUUUUUAAGUGUAAAUGAAGACAAAUUUCUGCAUCAGAUAUUCAUGGAAGAAAGAUUUGGAAUUUUUAAACCAGGUUAUGAAGAGGAAAAGAAAAAAUUGAUGGACAAAAAAGCUGCAAUAGGUUAUGUUUAUGAAGACAGUACAGAAUCUCCACCCCACCUUAAUAAUGUAAAAAGUAUUGAUGCUGAGGAAGAUGAAGAGGAAAAUGAAGAAGAAAAGGAAGAAGAUUUAAGCGAUAUUGAUUUAGAUGUUACUGUUGAUGUGAGUGUGCUUACGCCAUCACAGUGUGCUGAAAUGAAUUCACAGUCUAUCAAAUAUGGGAUGGUAGAUGAUGAUUUUAUAACAUAUCUACUGCAGGACAAAGAGGAAGCAGAGCAGUUGAAACUUGCACGAGAAAUAGAAGAAGAAAAGGCUAUGUAUUCGGGUAGAAAAUCAAGAAGAGAAAGAAGAGCGUUAAGAGAGAAGAAACUAGCUGGUAGAAGAAUUACUAGUCCCCCAAGCUAUGCAGCCAGAGAUAGUCCCACAUAUACUCCUAUGAGACAUUCAACUUCAAAAUCUCGUUCCCGUUCUCCUCCUGAUGCUGGGAAAAUUAUGUUCAUUACAAGUUUUGGCGAUGAAGUAUCUGAUGGUGAACAUCGUAAAUCUACUGACGUAAAUACUGCAGUCAUUGUGAAACGAGGGAAAAAUUCAAAAACAAAGGAUGGUUCAAGCUCAGUUAUUGGCCCGCAGCUUCCUUCUAAAAAUGGAGAUGAAGAAAAGCAUUUCUCUGAUUCCCAUGCAUCAAAAUAUAGUGUCUCUUCUGAAUCUUCUCGAUCUUCUGGUCAUUCGAAGAAAAAAAGCUCCAAAGACCGUAAACGUUAUUCUCGUCAUCGAAGGCAUUCUUCACGUUCAUCUUCAAGGUCUUCCUCUUUGCCCCGAAAAUCGGCUAGCAGUAAAAAUAAACGUAGAAAUAGGUCAAGAUCAAAGUCAAGGUCUAGGUCACACUCUGAAUCACGGAGUCGAGCAAAAACCAAGUCCAGAUCUCGAUCUCGAUCUAAAUCAAAUACUAAAAUGAAUUCUGAAAAAUCUCCCGAGCUUCCCCCUCCUCCUGUAAAGUCUUAUUACCGCCACAGUUUAUCUCGUUCAAAUAGUGAUGUUUCGGACGAUAGUGAAGAAGAAAAAAGUAACAGCAGCAGCAUGAAUUUAACAAAUUUUUCAAGUGUUCCUCGGUUACAAGCCCUUACUGGUAAAGCUGCUCCUGCUACCAAAGCAAAGAUGACACCUCAAGAACGCCUUAAAAGAAAAAUGCAGCUGGCCCUAAAGAGACAAUAUAAAGCUGAUAAAAAAGCUCAAAUGGAAAAAACUGAAAAACAAUUGCAAGAGCGACAGGACAGGGCAGAAGAGCUUAGGGAAAUGGCAAUUAAGCUAAGACAAAGGGAGCGAGAAAGAAGACACAGACAGCGUGGCUAUGGUUAUGAUUCGGAUAGUGAUACUACUUGGACUAGAAAUCCAGAGUAUAGUGCACAUGCAUCUGAUGGGCCACCCACAUCAAGAAAAAAAGAUACAGCAUCAAGUGGCAGUGAUUCUAGCUAUUCUAGCAGCCAAGAACACAGUCCUUCUCGAACAACUUCUUCAACGGGUCGUAAAAGAAGUCGGACAAAGUCUCCACAACGUUCCUCAAAUAGAAGAAGUCCAGAUGAUAGACGAAAAUUUUCUCCAGUUCGAAAAGUCAACCGUAGGAGUCCACUCCGAAGAAACUCUAGGAGUCCUCCUCGUAGAAAUUCUAGGAGUCCUCCUCGUAGAAACUCUAGAAGUCCUCCUCGUCGAAACUCUAGAAGUCCUAAUCGCAGAAACUCUAGAAGUCCUCAGAGGAAUUAUCGACGAACUCCUGAGAGAAGGCAUUAUGGUAGUAGAGAUUAUCGUCGUAGUCCACCUCGAAAACGUUCUCCAUCAAGAAGUCCUAGUAGAAGAUAUUCAUCAUCAAGACAUUAUAGGAGAUCUAACCAUUCUCGAUCAAGAUCAAGAUCUACCUCAAGGUCUUACGGAACACGACCUCUUGUUGAUUAUUGAUUUUUUUGGAACCCUUUGUGCUCUUUAAUCUACCAUGUUUCAAUAUGACAAAAGUUUCUUUGAAAAUUGAUCAUAUUUCAAGUUAGGCCUUUGUCAAAACUUUUGUGUUAUUUGUUCAUUUUGAUUGACAUAUUUUAUGGAAUAAUGUGAUAAAAUUAAAUUUUUUAUUUAUUAGUACAGUAAAUGAAAAAAUAAAUGCAAAUGUUUUGUGUAAAGUAGAACAUUAACUCAUUUGAACUUUUUAUUUUAUAAAAAUUUGCAUUAUUUUAUAUCUUUGUUUUUAAAAAAUACAGUAGUAGUUUUCUAGCUCUUUGACACCAUAUUAAGUUUAAAAACUUUUGAAAAAAAAAAAAUCAAAUUUUGUGAUGUAAUUACGUUAAUUAUACUAUUUGCAAUAAGUUUUAUGAUGUAAAUAGGAUAAAGUUCUCAAAGUGAAAUGAAUUUUUGAUGCAAUAAAAGAAAG